CACCCAUUUAAACAGCACUUCCUCUCAUAUACCUAUCACACCUACAUCCCAUCCAACUCCCUUUCCAGGUGUAUCCACACCCCUUGCUUUUCUUUACUGCCAUACCCACCCUGCACAACCACUCCCCUUAACACCUCCCCAAAGGAUUCAAUUUUUAUCUAUACAAUCUAGUUAAAACCAAUCACUUCUGUCCAAUACACUAAUUUCUCUAGAACGCUACACUCUCACCACUUUUUCCUACCCUGUAUCCUGUUAAAACCAUUCACACCUGACCCCUGUCGAAGCCUCCACCCCAAUAUUCCAUGUUUCCCAGCCCUCCAACCUCAACCAAAAUGCAGCCUUUCCAAACCACCCCUCCAGCCCUCUGCUCCCUUAAAACAUUUAACAACCCUCAAUUCCUAUUCUAGCCUACCAGUACCAUCACUCCUAUCAUUUGCAAACCUCCACCCCUUUCAGCUAUUGCAGCCUGCAUCUAUAUCAACUGUUAGUUCAAUGCUGCUUGAGAUUCUCCAGGAGAAAUAACCAGUGAAGGCGCAUAUCAGAAAGUCUGGAAUAGUGACUUUCAGAAAAUGUUUGGAAGGCAGAUCCAUGGCACCGUAUAAUAGAUGACUUGGAAAAGGGAAACCUGCAGUUGCAGAUUGGAAUAGACUGUUUGCAAAAGCCAAUUUUAAAGGGAAACUUUCAAAGGAAUUCUUGGAAGAAUCAAGAGCAACUACAGGAAAGCCAAAAAAAACAGUGCUGGGGCUCCUAAGAAAAGCAUACAUUAGAAUUGACAAAUAUUGGCAUUGCCAUCACCUGUGUCCCAUGAUCUUCAAUAUAUUGUCUGCAUUGUGUCAGUCAUGAAUGUGUGAACUUCAGGAGAAGAACAAAAUAUGCUUGAUGUACAGGGCAGGUAAUUGUGGAACAUCCUGGUGGACUAACCAAUAGUGAGACCGGCUCAUGCAUGUUCAGCGGAGGAACAUUUGGGUUUUCAGAUGGCGGUUGUUAUAUGGGGGACUGGCAGGAUGGUCGGGCACAUGGUUAUGGAGUGUGCAAAGGUCCUACAAGACAGGGGGAAUACAGUGGCCUCUGGAGUAAUGGCUUUGAGUCUCUGGGAGUUUACACCUGGCCAAGUGGAAACACAUAUCGUGGAUACUGGGACCAAGGCAAGAGAAACGGGCUUGGAGAGGAGCACAAAGGUCGUUGGCUGUACAGGGGCGAAUGGACACAUGGUUUAAAGGGGAGGCUUGGUGUGAGAGAGAGUCUGUCUGGAGCAAAAUAUGAGGGACUAUGGACAGAUGGACAGCAGGAUGGAUAUGGGAUGGAAACUUACUCAGAUGGAGGUACAUAUCAAGGACAAUGGCAAUCCGGUAAGCGCCAUGGUUAUGGAGUGCGUCAAAGUGUUCCCUACCAUCAGGCUGCCCUCCUACGCUCCCCUCGUACACCAACACUCAGUUCCUUGCCUCACUCCCCUGAUACCCACUGCCCCACUGUUCCUAGUCUUCUUCCGGGAAGCCCAGCCUCUGGAUCCCGAGGGGGAUUUGUCUUGAAAGUCAGAGGGGUUGGUUCAGAAUCUCAUGGACCUGGUAGUGGUGGAAAGCCCAAAAAAAGGAGCUUCUUCUUUUCACGCUCGCUCAUUCUAAGUGGGUUUCGAUUGCAUCGAGGGUCUGAUAAUAAGACUCCCUCAAGUGGUCGAGACAGCCAACGUAGUUCCCUGCGAAGUGAGUCAAGGGGCGCUGGGGGUUCAUUGGGCUCUAGUGCUAGUCAAGAUGGUUCUAGUGCAAGUGUGGCGGACACAGACCCAGAGUUGCCAAUAGCUGCUUGGGAGACCGAGAUAUUUGCAGGCGAGUGGAGAAGUGACCGACGCACUGGUUAUGGUGUCAGCCGCAGGUCUAAUGGACUCUGCUAUGAGGGAGAAUGGCUGAGGAACCGCCGACAUGGUUAUGGUAGGACAACCUUUCCUGAUGGCUCACGAGAAGAGGGCAAGUAUAAGAUGAAUAUACUAACCAGUGGCAAAGUUAAAAGUCUGUUCCCACUAAGAAGAGGCAAAGGUCGAGAGAAGGUGGAGAGAGCAGUAGAAGCUGCAAGAAGAGCAGAGGGUACUGCCAGACAGAAACAGGAAAUGGCAGUGGCCAGUGCUGCAGAUGCCCGCCUUCAAGCUGACGCAGCAUCUGUAGCUGCUCAACAGGCUCUGGAAGCUUCUCGAGCUGCACAGAUUUUGUCUCAAGACCUAGAAGAAUUGCUGGAGACACCAAGUUCCCUUUGUGUGCAGGAUGGAGAGGAGAUCAUAGCGGAGGAAGGUAUACCAUGGCUUUUGCAGUGUCCACAGUUGAGUCAUGAUGCAACCCCUUUAUCUGAUGGAACCCCUGAGCCCAGCUUGCCUCCCAGUCAUCCUGAUACCCCACCUGGUUUCAGUUGCACCCAACACCCGGAAGCAACUCUAUGCCCGCCAAUUCAGGAAGAGGAAGAUAACUCCACUGAGGUGGGAACCCCUGUGCACCUUCCUGAUCACUCACAAGAACAAAUGCUGCCUGAGUCCCACCCUCCCACGGGACUGAACAAUCCCAAAUCCAGCAUUGACUCUGUGGGAGAAGUUGAUUUGGGGGAGAUAAUAGAGUCUCCCCAAAAAACAAGUAUGCAAACGGAUGCUGACCCUCUUGUGGUGGCUAUCGUGCUGUUUAUUGAUGUCUCGCUCGCAUUCCUCAUCUCGUAUUUUCUGACAUGAUGAGAUGAAGGAGUGUCCCUUUUCUGACACUCACUCGCACUCUGUCUCUCCUUCUCUACCUCUCUUCCCUGAUGUUUACAUAUAAAGGGCUCUAUCACUUUCUAUCAUGCUCUAUUUCAGUCUCUCUCUUGCUCUCUCUGUCUUUUUUGAUUUGAGAAGCAGUCUCCUUAAUAGUACAAAGUCAAUAUGGUCUAUGACUGUUCAAUAUUCACCUUCCUUUUAUCUCCGUCUUUCUGUCUUUUGUUAUAUAAUCCUCCUCUGUUGUAGCCUCUCUUUACUUAAUGUUUCUCUGUGUUCUCCUCUUCCUCUCUCUUUAUCGUAUCUUCUUUCAAGGAAUGUAAUGAUCCUGUUCAGCAUAUCUGCAAGAUUUUGCCUUUGCAGAGUAACAAAGCCUCCUACCCAGCAUUCCUUUUCUUUCCUUUGCCUCCCACUCUUGCCUUAUGCUCUUUGAUAUAUUGCCUUCAACCAUUCUUUGAUGCAUCACUCAGUCCCUCUUUGCCAAUCCAUUUAAUAUCCUGUGUGAUCUUACACAACUCUCACCUUUAAUUGUCCCAAAUCCUUGCCCAGCGCUGCCCUGGUUAUGCAUUGUGCCUGCUUUUUUCUACAGAUGUACAGUUUCUUUCUUGCUAUGAUGCCUGAAUUCUCCUGCCCGUUCCCUCCUAGCAACUGAAUUGUGCACCCUCUUACCUAAAGCUUGAUUUCCCAGUCAGAGCAUGCACUUCAUUCCUAUUUUUGUAGCAGUAUUUUGCCUUCUUAUGGAAAUGCAAAAAAAAGAAAAAAACCUAAAAAAAAAAAUAAUAAAAGAAAAAGCUGGAAUAAUAAAAUGAAUAAAAUACUAAUAU